GGGCGGCGCUGGUUGUGUCGCGCUGUCUUGCGGUCGGGCGAGGUGGAUGCUUGUAACGGUCUGAAGCCGGAGGACGGGCUUUGUUACUGGUAUUAGCGGGUCCUCGCUGCUCGGCUACAGCAUACCGGGUGAACGGGCCCUGCUCGGCCUUCAGAUGGAUUUGCUGCUGUAAAGACUGGGAGGAAUCGGAGUUUCACUGGCUGCUGACCAGAUUACUCUGUCAAGCUUCGGUAUUCUGAGAAGAUGACUGAAGAGGUGGUGGUUGUGGCGAAGUUUGACUACGUGGCGCAGCAAGAUCAGGAGCUGGACAUCAAGAAGAACGAAAAGCUAUGGCUGCUGGAUGACUCCAAAUCUUGGUGGCGUGUUCGCAACUCUACGAACAAAACGGGCUUUGUGCCUUCAAACUAUGUCGAGAGGAAGAACAGCGCGCGCAAGGCCUCUAUCGUGAAGAACUUGAAAGACACUUUAGGUAUUGGAAAAGUAAAACGGAAACCAAAUAUGCCUGAUUCUGCAACCACAGCGGAUGAUAGUUUCCCGGAUUCUGAACGUCUGUAUGAUCUUAACUUACCAGCUUAUGUCAAAUUCACAUAUAAUGCGGAAAGGGAUGAUGAGCUUUCCUUGGUGAAAGGAACCAAAGUCAUCGUUAUGGAAAAGUGCAGCGAUGGCUGGUGGCGAGGUAGUUACAAUGGAAGAAUGGGCUGGUUUCCCUCAAACUAUGUUACAGAAGAGAAUGAUAGUCCUUCGGGUGACCAGAUGGGCACGUUGUCUGAGAAACUGGCAGCAGUUGUCAAUAACCUCAACAAUGGUCGAUCGCUCCAUGUGGUCCAGGCUCUUUACCCAUUUAGUUCAUCCAACGAGGAGGAACUUAAUUUUGAGAAGGGAGAAGUGAUGGAUGUGGUCGAGAAGCCGGAAAAUGACCCAGAAUGGUGGAAGUGUCGGAAGAGUAAUGGUCUUGUGGGUUUGGUGCCUAAGAAUUACGUUACUAUAAUGCAGAACAUUCAGCCCAGUUCUGGUUUUGAGCCUUUGCCACCACGCUGUGAUUAUAUUGGGCCUUCUGCUACCGGAAGGUUCGCUGGCAAUAAAUGGUAUUACGGAAAAGUCACACGACAUCAAGCAGAGAUGGCGCUAAAUGAACGUGGACUUGAGGGAGACUUUCUCAUCAGAGACAGUGAAUCUUCACCAAACGACUUUUCCGUGUCAUUGAAAGCCCAAGGAAAAAACAAGCAUUUCAAAGUGCAGAUGAAAGACAAUGUGUACUGUAUUGGCCAACGCAAAUUUGCCACCAUGGAGGAGUUGGUAGAACAUUACAAAAAGGCCCCUAUUUUUACGAGUGAACAGGGAGAGAAACUCUAUCUAAUCAAGCCAUUGUCUUGAGGAUGCUGCAUGGAAAUAGAGGGAAGGAUUUCCAGGAUUGGUGCAUUCGCUGAAAGACUGAAGAUGAAGGCUGGAACUCACCAAACCAACCAAAGGCAUUUUGGCCCAGUAGCUGUCAGCACCACCUUUAUCACUAUUAGCUCUACCCUGAGAUUCCCCUUUUUUUAGAAUUUGAGUAUAUGUUUUAUUUGCCAUCACACCCUCUGUAUUUUCUCCAACCCCCCCCCCUUUUUUCUACAUUAUGCCUUACUAUUGCAACAUAUCAGAUUUGGUGUAGAUUUGUGUAACCGUCUGUAAGCUGUUGUGUCCUAAGCAAUGUGACUGUGGGGUUCGCCAAGAAAAGAUCCUGUCUGAUAUAUCGCAUCUACAUGCUGCUUUUUGGUGUAGGCGGGUUUCUUCCAAAAAAAUGUUUUUAACGUUAUUCACUCCAUGCUAUGAACUGAGUUUUAGAAGCGUUGGCCUGGAUUGAAUGCCGUUUCCACUGUGGAUAUGCCUUUGUCUCUGUCCCACUUCCCUGUACAAUACUUCUGGACUGGUACAGCACCUUUUCUUGUCAGCAGUAAAGUGGGGUGUUUCCUAAAUGUUAUAUUUCUUGUUAUUAUUCAAGACAUUUCAUAUUUAUUUGUUACAUUUCAAGUUAACUGUUGAGUAAGCUCUUAAAAUGUUGACAUACAGGUCAUUUACCUAGCGGAAAUUUAUCGCUUAAAAUUGUUCUUUAAAGGGCAGACAUAAUAAAUGUGCAGGAAUACA